ACCUUCACUUCAUUCCCUGCUUACAACCUGACAGGCACUCAAGAGAACAAGGCUGGUCUACAAAUUUGUCAUAGACGAGGGAAGCUUCGAAUGGCAGCUGAAGGAGCAAAGACACUACUUGAGGCUUGCAAGUGUAUCACCAAUAAUAAAGUUGAUUUGAGUGCAUGGCGUAAGAAAAUAUCGGAAGAAAUGCACCUGGAUUUUGAUGACAAAGAUAUUGAGGUGGGUGACACUGUUGUAAUGAGGGAAGAGGACACGGGGUAUUUUGACCACGAAAAAUAUAAAGCUGGAACCUUAACAUUAGGCUUCAUUGGGCACCCAAAUGUAGGGAAGUCUUCCCUUAUAAAUGCAAUUAUGGGAAAGAACGUUGUGAGUGUUCCUAGCACCCCAGGGCACACGGAACAUUUCCAGACCAUCUACCUAACUCGUAAUGUAAGGCUGUGUGACUGUCCAGGUCUUGUGUUUCCUUCCAAAGUCCCAAAGACAUUACAGAUUCUUAUGGGAAGUUACCCAAUUGCACAAGUGAGAGUACCCUUUUCUGCAGUUCAGUAUUUGGCUGAAAGACUAGACCUGCCUAAUUUGCUUAAACUGCAGCAUCCUGAACUUGACAAAUGGUGGUCUGCUAUGGAUAUCUGUGAUAGCUGGGCUUUGAAGCAAGGUUUCCAUACAGAUCGAACAGGUCGUCCUAAUCCAUAUCUUGCUGCCAAUGACCUAUUAUGCAAGGCAUUAGAUGGAAAGAUCUGCUUAUGUCUCCAUCCUCCUCGCUAUUAUAGUAGAAGAGAUUACUGGGAGGGGCAUGCUGAUGUUCAACUUGUUCAAUUGAUCCAAGGCAAAACAAGUGAACAAGCAGAUGGUGAUGAAGCUUAUGAAAAAUAUAAACUAGAGAGCAGUUCUGGACCUGAAGACAGUGAUUCAAAUUUUGAACAUGAUGUUUAUAAUAGGUUUUCAUUGCUGAGCACUGAAUAAGCAUUACAUAUGCUACAAAAAGUAUUUUAUCAGUAUUAUGCAGUGUACAGUGUAUUAUUUCGGAGGUGAACGGGCUGAAGGAGGUGUGGCAAUAGUGGCGCAUAAAAGUGU